AUGCAUUUCAAACCUCACCGCCACAUGCCCCAGAGGCUGCCAGCUUCUCAAUCCAGUCUUGUAAUGCUCGACGAACGCGCCCCAGUGGUGGUCAAGGAGGCCGAUGAUGUCGCAACAGUCUUCUCUGUCGUCUAUGUAACGGCCUCUGCUACUUUCUCAGGACCGACAGCUGGUUUCGUUACUCUCGGAGCCAAUCCCACCACCAAAGCUUCCUCUGCCGCGAACAAAUCCACCAACACCGACAAUAAUGAUGACAACGACAACACAACCACGGCAAAGGCCAAAUCAACAUCAACAACUGCCAAAGCAAGCACAAGCGCCACAUCCACAACCUCAUCCAAAAUCACGAGUACCUUGUCACCUACCGCAAAGUCGACUGCCGCUGCUCUCUCUUCAUCGUCCUCGUCAUCACUUGCCUCAUCAACUCUAGCCGUCCUCACAUCAUCUGCUGCCGCGUCUUCGACGAUUGCUUCCUCAUCCAUCUCAUCUGCUGCAAAAGCUCAAGCCACAGCUUCAAGUUCAGCCUCAUCAUCAGCGGUGGCAGAUGCAACUUCUGAUGGUCUAAGCACAGGCGCAAAGGCCGGCAUCGCUCUGGUGGUUAUUUGUGCUAUCGGUGUUCUUGCAGGUCUUGCCUACUUCCUCAUUCGCAAGAAGAAGGCUCAACAGAAGCAGGCUAUUGGUAUGGAGAGACUUGAUGAUGAGAAGAAGGGCUUCAUGAGCCAAAGCCCAAGCACUAUGACCGUUCCUCAGCCCCCUGCUUCGACACGCACCACUGCCACGGCACCGCGCAUCAGCUACCGCCCUACUUCCCAAUUCUCGACUAGCGUCCUUGGAGAUGCCGAGAAGGCUGCAGCUGGGGCAGCCGCGGGUGUCAUGAGCGGCAGAAACAGCGACCCGUCUAACCCCUUCGGAAUCCAUGCACAAACUGUCGAGCCCCACUCGAGGGAUGUCAUCUCACCUAUUCCUGAAGAGCGAUCCCUCAGUCCUCCAGUCGAGCUCCAAGGCAGCCCCGUGCCCAGCCCUACUGCAGCCAGUUUCAACCUCAGCUCUCCUGCAACUCCCGGUACCCAGGCCAAGGCUGAGGUCGGUAUGGCUUCUGUCGUCCCCGUGGCCGCUCUCGCAGGUGCUGCUCCUGGAGGCGAUCGUCCAGGCAAUGCUGUCCACAGUGUUCAACUCGAGUUUAAGCCCUCUAUGGAUGACGAGCUCGAGUUGAAGGUUGGCCAGAUUGUGAGAGUCCUGCACGAGUAUGACGAUGGUUGGGCUCUCUGUACCCGUAUGGACCGCUCUCAACAAGGUGUUGCUCCUAGAACCUGUCUCUCGAAACAGCCUUUGAAGCCGAGACAAGGUCCCCCUCCAGGUGCUAGAGCUGGCCCUCCUCGUUCUGGUCCUGGAUCCAUGGGACCUCCUCCUAGACCUGUUCCUGGUGCCAAAGUCCGUCAAGGUUCAUCGUCGUCACAAGGUUCUGCUGCGUCACAAGCCCGCCGUCCUUCGAUGGCUCCUUCUAAGCAGUCAUCGCCCACUCUAGCCGAGCAAGCUCAAUCGCGCCAAAGAAGCAUGUCUGUUGCUGCAUCUCCAACCAAGGCCUCCAAACAAUCCCAGCAGCGUGCAGACAUGUCCGCUGAUGCUCACAGCCGAAGUGCAUCGAUGGGUACAGUAUCGAGUGCUGGCAAGUCCACGGUUCCUUCCCUUCCAGGCACGCCUCUUGGUGUGCCCGCUAGGAAGCCAGUGCCCGGCCAGGCCCUCUGA